AUGAGCAGUACAGGCAUUGAAGAAAUUGUAGUACGAUGUGGGUGGCUAAACAAAGACCCACUUUAUAUUACAUAUCACGAUGAAGAAUGGGGUAAACCUGAACGUGACAGUUUCCGUUUAUUUGAAAUGUUGUGUCUGGAAGGUCAACAAGCUGGAUUAUCAUGGAUCACAAUUUUAAAGAAAAGAGAAAACUAUAAGAAAGCUUUCUUUAAGUUCAAUCCACAAAAAAUAUCUAAAAUGACAAGCAAAGAUUUAAGCAAGCUUAUUACUAAUCCUAAUAUUGUAAGACACAAAGGAAAAAUUGAAGCCAUAAUAAACAACUCAAAAUGUUUUUUGAGUAUGCAAGAAAACGGUGAAGAUUUCUCCAACUUCAUUUGGAGUUUUGUUAAUCAUGAACCAAUAGUUAACAAUUGGAAACAUCAUAAAGAAAUUCCAACACAAAGUUCUGAAUCAGUUGCACUUUCUAAAGCCCUUAAAAUGCGGGGAUUUAAGUACGUCGGAUCAACCAUUACUUACGCUUUUAUGCAAGCAUGUGGAUUAGUAAAUGAUCACAUUGUUGACUGUAUAAGCCGAAGAAAUUAAAUUUCAUAGUAUUCAAUGUCGCAAUAACUCUCAUGGUGGUGCUUAUGUAUCAGACGAUAUCAAUUUCAUGGUUCAGUAUAUCUGUCAUAUAACCGGGUAAAUAAAACAUA